UUAACUGCCUAACACCCGCACAAACUGAACGUAUAUAAACACAUACACAUCAACCGCUCUCGCUCCAAACCUCCCUCGCCAAUUACCCAAAGUCUAGGGAGAGAUUGACGUUUGGAUAGCGAUAAAAUGAGCUUUCUUGCGGGGAGAUUGGCGGCCACAGAGGGCGCCUACUUCCUGCAAGAAUCCAAGCACGCCGUCAGCCGUCUGGUCGAGAAGACCAAACCAACAAAACCACCCCUUUCACCUUCUUCUUCUUCGCCUGCUUCUCCGGUUGAAAACGGAGCUCAAGCCGAUGUUCUUUCGGAGGUUCUGCGCCACUCUUUGCCGUCGAAGGUCUUUCAAUCGCCCUCCGCUUCGUCUUUCUCAGCAGCUUCCAAGUGGGUUCUUCAGCCUCAUUCCAACACCGUCUCCUCGGUCUCGCCCGACGCUUUGAAUCCUCUCCGGGCUUAUGUUUCUCUGCCUCGGGUCACAUUCGGCCUCAAAAGGUGGCAGUUGCCCAGUGCAGAUAACUCUGUUUUAGCAUCAACUGCCAAUGAACUGCGCCAAGACAGAUACACCCCUGUUAAUCCUGAGAAGUUGAAGGCUGCAGCUGCUGGGCUAUCUCAAAUUGCAAAGGCAUUUGCUGUUGCUACUGCUGCUGUCUUUGGUGGUGCGGCCUUAAUGUUUGGACUGGCAGCCUCCAAACUCGAGCUGCACAGUAGCGAUGACAUCAAGACUAAAGGAAAGGACCUGGUUCAGCCAAAGUUUGAGAUGUUAAGGGAGCAACUUAUCCCCUUAAAAAUCUGGGCUGAAGACAUGUCAAAGAAAUGGCAUUUGGAAAGAGAGGAGAAUAUCAAAGAGAAGCCUAUGAUAAAGGAACUUUCUAGAAUAUUGGGCACAAGGACACCCAAUUGAUGCUUUGAACUUUAAAUAUGAGAAUGGAUGUGUAAAAGGUGUAGUUAUCUAUAGGUUUUGCUGCAAAGCUUCAAGUGAAAGGAAAUCAAAAUUGAAAUAAUGUUUGUUUUUGUGGUGUGAAGUGUGAACAGAUGUGUGAAUAAAUUGCUUCCACUUUCUCCAGUUGUUUUAAGGAUCUGUGCAGUUGAGAGCUUGCACCAAAUGUUAUGCAAUACGGUUAGGAAUGGCAAUGCAUAAAGAGUAUCUUAAUUUCUUCCUGUCAA